GCACCUGAAGUACCCUCAGCAAUAACCGCUACUCUGACAGACAGCUGGUUCAGAUCUCGGCAUGUGGUCUCUGUGCAGGACCUUUAGUAGAUCUGUUGUCUCUGCGGGGGGGCUCUUCUCCCUGCAGACCCGGACCUUCCCGACCCCCCUCUGCAGGUCGCAGAUCCACCCCCCGGUCAGGAGCAGCUCCGGGACACGCUUCAAUGUUCCCCCCAGUGCAGAGUUUGUGGCCCGGGUCUCGGGGAUCCCCACCAUGAACAAGCUGCCCCACCAGGAGACCGCGGAGGGCCUGGAUGCUGCCUUCAUCGGGGUCCCCAUCGAUACCGGGACAUCCAACAGACCCGGGGCCAGGUUCGGGCCCCGGCAGAUCCGUGUGGAGUCAGCGAUGCUGCGCAGCUUCAACAGCGGAACCAGAGCGGCUCCGUACGAGUCGCUGGUGGUGGCCGACAUCGGAGACGUGAACGUGAACUUGUACGACCUGAAGGACACGUGCACACGCAUCAGAGAGGCCUACAGGAAGGUCCUGUCUGCAGGAUGCAUCCCCCUCACCAUGGGUGGAGAUCACACCAUUGCUUACCCCAUCCUGCAGGCUGUGGCUGAGAGGCAUGGUCCAGUGGGUCUGGUUCAUGUGGACGCUCACGCUGACACCAGUGAUGUGGUCCUGGGGGAGCGGAUCGGACACGGGACCCCCUUCAGACGCUGUGUGGAAGAGGGGCUGCUGGACUGCAGCCGGGUGGUGCAGAUCGGCCUGCGGGGGUCGGGCUACUCCGCUGACUCCUACGCCUGGAGCCGCGCUCAGGGUUUCCGUGUGGUGCAGGUGGAGGAGUGCUGGUUCAGGUCUCUGGCUCCUCUGAUGGAGGAGGUGAGGGCUCAGAUGGCGGGGGGUCCAGUGUACCUGAGCUUUGAUAUCGAUGCUCUGGACCCUGGCUUCGCUCCGGGCACCGGGACCCCUGAGAUCGCAGGCCUCACCCCCAUUCAGGGAGUGGAGAUCAUUCGCGGCUGUCGGGGUUUGAACCUUGUGGGCUGUGACCUGGUGGAGGUGUCCCCCCCCUACGACACCAGCGGAAACACGGCGCUGACCGGAGCUAACCUCCUGUUUGAGAUGCUCUGCGUCCUCCCCAACGUCAAAUAUCUCUGACCAUGUUCAUCAACAGAAAGCCUACGAAUAUAAAGAGGAUCACUCUGCGUCGAUUACAGAGGAUCCAGAAAUAAACAGAAUGUAUUGAUUACAACCAAUCAGAGGAAAGAAGCUCUACUGAACAUUCUGAGAUCAAAGAUAUCCUUCAGUGCUUUAACUAAAAUAUACAGAUGUGAUGCAACAGAUGUGAUGCAACAGAUGUGAUGCAACAGAUGUGAUGUGAUGCAGCAGAUGUGAUGUGAUGCAGCAGAUGUGAUGCAACAGAUGUGAUGUGAUGCAGCAGAUGUGAUGUGAUGCAGCAGAUGUGAUGUGAUGCAACAGAUGUGAUGCAGCAGAUGUGAUGCAGCUGAUGUGAUGCAGCUGAUGUGAUGCAGCAGAUGUGAUGCAACAGAUGUGAUGCAGCAGAUGUGAUGUGAUGCAACAGAUGUGAUGUGAUGCAGCUGAUGUGAUGCAACAGAUGUGAUGCAGCAGAUGUGAUGCAGCAGAUGUGAUGUGAUGUAGCAGAUGUGAUGCAACAGAUGUGAUGCAGCAGAUGUGAUGUAGCAGAUGUGAUGCAACAGAUGUGAUGCAGCAGAUGUGAUGCAACAGAUGUGAUGCAACAGAUGUGAUGCAGCAGAUGUGAUGUGAUGCAACAGAUGUGAUGUGAUGCAGCAGAUGUGAUGCAGCAGAUGUGAUGUGAUGCAGCAGAUGUGAUGUGAUGCAACAGAUGUGAUGCAGCAGAUGUGAUGUAGCUAAUGUGAUGCAACAGAUGUGAUGCAGCUGAUGUGAUGUGAUGCAGCUGAUGUGAUGCAGCAGAUGUGAUGUGAUGCAACAGAUGUGAUGCAACAGAUGUGAUGCAGCAGAUGUGAUGCAGCAGAUGUGAUGCAACAGAUGUGAUGCAGCUGUUGUGAUGCAGCUGAUGUGAUGUGAUGCAGCAGAUGUGAUGUAGCUAAUGUGAUGCAACAGAUGUGAUGCAGCAGAUGUGAUGCAGCAGAUGUGAUUCAGCAGAUGUGAUGCAACAGAUGUGAUGCAACAGAUGUGAUGCAGCAGAUGUGAUGCAACAGAUGUGAUGCAGCAGAUGUGAUGUGAUGCAACAGAUGUGAUGUGAUGCAGCUGAUGUGAUGCAACAGAUGUGAUGCAACAGAUGUGAUGCAGCAGAUGUGAUGUGAUGUAGCAGAUGUGAUGCAACAGAUGUGAUGCAGCAGAUGUGAUGUAGCUAAUGUGAUGCAACAGAUGUGAUGCAACAGAUGGGAUGCAGCAGAUGUGAUGUGAUGCAGCAGAUGUGAUGUGAUGCAACAGAUGUGAUGCAACAGAUGUGAUGCAGCAGAUGUGAUGUGAUGCAGCUGAUGUGAUGCAGCUGAUGUGAUGCAGCUGAUGUGAUGCAACAGAUGUGAUGCAGCAGAUGUGAUGCGGCAGAUGUGAUGCAACAGAUGUGAUGCAGCAGAUGUGAUGCAGCAGAUGUGAUGUGAUGCAACAGAUGUGAUGCAGCUGAUGUGAUGCAACAGAUGUGAUGCAACAGAUGUGAUGCAGCAGAUGUGAUGUGAUGCAGCAGAUGUGAUGCAGCAGAUGUGAUGCAGCUGAUGUGAUGUGAUGCAGCAGAUGUGAUGCAGCUGAUGUGAUGCAACAGAUGUGAUGCAGCAGAUGUGAUGUGAUGCAGCAGAUGUGAUGCAACAGAUGUGAUGCAGCUGAUGUGAUGCAGCAGAUGUGAUGCAGCAGAUGUGAUGUGAUGCAACAGAUGUGAUGCAGCAGAUGUGAUGUGAUGCAGCUGAUGUGAUGCAGCUGAUGUGAUGCAACAGAUGUGAUGCAGCAGAUGUGAUGUGAUGCAGCAGAUGUGAUGCAACAGAUGUGAUGCAGCUGAUGUGAUGCAACAGAUGUGAUGCAGCAGAUGUGAUGUGAUGCAACAGAUGUGAUGCAGCAGAUGUGAUGUGAUGCAGCAGAUGUGAUGUGAUGCAACAGAUGUGAUGCAGCUGAUGUGAUGUGAUGCAGCAG